AUGGAGUCCAUCUCCCGCAUAACCAGUCUGCUCGAGAGCGCGAGAGAACUCACGCUCGAUGCGUCCUCGGCGGCCCGCGGGCUUCGCAGCAGCCCCCGACCGCUCGACAGCCGACAGAUCAAGAAGCUGCUCGACAGCCGCACCGAGCGGGAGGUCCUCGACGGACUGCGGCGGGUGACAUCUAUGAUGUACGGCGGCCAGAAGACGCUGCCCUUCUUCUCGUCCGUGGUCAAGAACGUGGCGUCGCCGAACCUCGAGAUCAAGAAGCUCGUCUACAUCUAUGUGGUGCAUCAUGCCGAACAAGAACCCGACAUGGCCCUUCUCUCCAUCAACACGAUCCAGAAGUCGCUGUCAGACGCGAAUCCGCAAGUUCGCGCUCUCGCCCUGCGAACGAUGUCGGGCAUCCGCGUACCGGUCAUUAGCCAGAUCGUCUCGCUAGCCAUCAAGAAGGGCACCGGCGACAUGAGCCCAUACGUGCGCCGUGCCGCGGCCAUGGCCAUCCCCAAGUGCUACCGUCUCGACCCCGGUCAGCUGCCGCAGCUGCUCGAGUAUUUGGCCGUGCUGCUGGGAGACAAGCAGUACUACGUGGCCGGGGCGGCCGUCACGGCCUUUAUGGAAGUGUGUCCUGAUCGGGUGGACCUGAUCCAUAAGAACUACCGCUCGCUGGUCAAGAAGAUUGUCGACAUGGACGAAUGGAGCCAGCUGGCCACGCUGCGACUGAUGACCAUCUACGUGCGAAAGUGCUUUCCGCGGCGGACGAAGCUCGUGGCUGGAAAGAGCAAUGGAAACGGCACGUCGACAGCAGCGACAGCAGCAACAAGGCCCAGCCUGGGCGAUUUUUACGGAGAGACGCAAGACACGAAUACGAAGACGGAGAACAGCAGCAGCAGCGACGGUGAUGGCGAGAAACAGACGGUUGUGGUGCUGGAUCCGGAUCUCUCGUUGCUGCUGGACGCGAUCAAGCCGCUGCUGCAGAGUCGCAACUCGGCCGUGGUGGUGGCAGUGGCACGGUGCUACGUCAGCGUGGGCACGACCGAGUACGUGCGGACGGCCGUUGGACCGCUGGUGGCCCUGCUGCGAGGACCGCAAGACAUCCAGCAGGUAGCUCUGUACAACAUCGCGUCGGUGUGCCUGGACUACGCGAACGACUUUGUGCGGUACGCAUCGCACUUUCUAGUGCGGGCGAGCGACCCGCCAGCGGUAUAUGAGCUCAAGAUCGAGGUGCUGGCGCUCAUCUUCCCCCACGGCUCACGGGCGGUCAAGUCGCUGAUCCUGCACGAGCUGGAGCACUUUGCACGCGGGACGGACAAGACGCUGGUGCGCGAAGCUGUACGAGCGAUUGGACGGUGCGCACAGGCGGACCCGGACCCAUCGACAUCGGGGCGCUGUCUGCGUCUGCUGCUGGGGCAGAUCACGAGUCUGGACGGCACUCUGGCGGCAGAGAGCCUGACGGUGAUCCGACAUCUGAUCCAGCAAGACCCUCCCGGACACGCGGCGACGGUGGUGCGACUGGCACGGAAUCUGGACGUGGCCACAGACCCGCAGGCGCGCGCGACGAUCAUCUGGCUGGUCGGCGAAUUUUCGGGGCUGAAUGGCGAGGACAACAUCGCGGCGGACGUGCUGCGGAUCCUGCUCAAGGACUUUGCCGGCGAGUCGGAGGCGGCCAAGCGGCAGAUCGUGCUGCUGGGAGCCAAGGUGUACCUGCACCACGUCAACCGGACGGCCAAGACAGAGCCGGAAGACAAUCAGCAGCAGCAGCAGCAGCAGCAGCAGCACCCGGUUGUGCGGCUGUGGGACUAUGUGCAGCUGCUGGCGCGUUACGACACGUCGUAUGACCUGCGCGACCGUACACGACUGUACCGGGCGCUGCUGGCGGUACCACAGCUGGCGACGUUGAUGCUGCUGGCGCCGAAGCCGGUGCCACACGCGCCCAGUCCGGCGGAGCUGCGCAGGGGCUUCACGCUGGGAUCGGCAGCGCUGGUGCUGGGCGGUGGCGAUGCGGGUGCAGGUGUCGGUGUGUACGGGCUCGCAGGCUACGAGUCGCUGCCGGUCUGGGUGCAGGAGGGUGAGCAGCCGGAUGGGCGGCUGCGUGACAGCGACGACGACAUGCAGGGCCGCGAGUACGAGAGCAGACGGGGAGCGACGAGGCCAGCAGCAGACAGCCUGGACAAGGCAGCAGCGCAAGGCCACCGAGUAGGAGGAGCAGCAGGAGCGGCAGGAGCAGCAGGAGCAGCAUCCAACGGAUCACGUGGACAGGUUGGAGGAAAGACACUGGACGACUGGCUCGCAGAGGAAGAGACGAGCGAUGAGGAGACAGGCGACGAGGAUGAAGAGGAGGAGACGAGCGAAGAAGGAGAUGACGAAGGAAACGACGACGAAGGAGACGACGACGGAGACAGCGACGAAGAGGAAGAAAGCGGCGGAGAGGGGAAAGAGAGUGAAGAGGGAGAAGGAGGCGACAACAGCGAAGACGGAGCCGGUUCUGACGACAGCGAAAACGGAGAGGAAAACGCGCCGCUUGUCAAGACCAGCUAA